UUGCCACUUGCACUUGCCCUUCCGCCGAUCUUCAAUCUUUUCACUGAAACCUCGUUCUUUUCGUUUCCCGCCCUGGUGCCCCUAAGCGAAGUAGCGAACGCUCCUCUUCUUUCUCUUUCUUUGUUGUUGUUGUUGUUGUUGUUCUUCUUCUUCUAGCGUUAGGGUUUCGCCGGCGAGUGCCGCAAAAAUGGUGUCUCCGAAGCAGCUCCUGGGCACCAUCGAAUCUGCGCUUCUCGGAACUUCGCCUCCGAUGGCGGCGCACCGCGUCGAACUCUUGCACGCUCUCCGCACUUCUCGAACCUCCUUGCAGUCCCUUCUCUCGUAUCCCCCCCCAAAGCCCUCUGAUCGAAGUCAAGUUCAGUCAAAGUCAGUCAGACUUCCUGAUUCUCCUCCUAUUUCACUUGAUGACCAGGAUGUUCACAUUGCGCUCAAAUUGAGUGACGAUCUCCAUCUCAAUGAAGUAGAUUGUGUUCGUUUGCUUGUAUCAGCUAAUAAAGAGUGGGGCUUAAUGGGAAGGGAACCACUGGAAAUUUUACGGCUUGCAGCAGGACUCUGGUAUACAGAGAGAAGAGAUUUGAUAACGUCCCUCCAUUUGCUCUUAAGGGCUGUGGUGCUAGAUCAGGGACUGCAAGAUGAUAUAUUGGUAGACAUUCAAAAGUAUUUGGAAGAUCUUAUCAGUUCUGGACUUAGACAGCGGUUGAUUUCUCUUAUCAAGGAACUCAAUAGAGAAGAGCCUUCUGGUUUGGGUGGUCCUCAGUGUGAGAGUUAUGUUCUUGAUUCAAGAGGCUCUCUUGUGGAGAGGCAGGCAGUGGUCUCUAGAGAAAGACUUAUUCUGGGGCAUUGUCUUGUGCUUUCGAUUCUGGUUGUUCGGACAUGCCCGAAGGAUAUAAAAGAUAUUUUUUCUGUUUUGAAGGAUAGUGCUUCUGAAGUUAGUGAGAGCAAUGCCACUGUAAAACAUCAGAUUACCUUUUGUCUUCUCUUUGCUCUUGUGAUUGCAUUUGUUUCUGAUGGUUUGAGUACAGUGCCUGAUAAAGCAUCUGUCCUUUCUUCUAAUACUUCCUUCAGACACGAAUUUCAUGAACUUGUAAUGACUACUGGGAAUGAUCCACAUGUUGAGGGCUUUGUUGGUGGCAUAAGGCUUGCUUGGGUGGUACAUUUGAUGUUAAUACAAGAUGGUGUUCCAGCUAGAGAGACUAUUUCAAGUGGUUCAUCAAAUGAACUGGGUUAUCUUAGUCAAUGCUUGGAAGCCAUUUUCUCAAAUAAUGUUUUUCAGUUUUUACUUGAUAAAGUUCUUCGUACUGCUUCCUUCCAGACUGAAGACGAAGAUAUGAUCUACAUGUACAAUGCUUAUCUGCACAAGCUGAUUACGUGCUUCUUGUCUAACCCUCUUGCAAGAGACAAGAUAAAAGAAUCCAAGGAGCGGAUUAUGAGUGUGCUUAGUCCAUACCGAGUUGUGGGAUCACAUGAUUUUGCACAGGACAGUAAUUCAAGUUCUCUACAUGGCACUGAGAUGGGCCCUUUACCAUUUAAUUCAAUCUUGGACUUUGUGAGCGAAAUUUAUCAGAAAGAACCAGAGCUCUUGUCGGGCAAUGAUGUGUUGUGGACGUUUGUAAAUUUUGCUGGAGAGGACCAUACGAAUUUCCAAACGCUUGUGGCGUUCUUGAAUAUGCUGAGCACCUUGGCUUGUAGUCAAGAAGGUGCUUCAAAGGUUUACGAGUUGCUGCAAGGUAAAGCAUUCCGUUCAAUUGGAUGGAGCACUUUAUUUGAAUGCUUAACAAUUUAUGAUGAGAAAUUCAAACAGUCUCUUCAAACUGCGGGAGCAAUGCUGCCUGAAAUUCAGGAGGGGGAUGCCAAAGCCCUUGUGGCAUACUUGAAUAUUCUAAAGAAGGUUGUAGAAAAUGGGAACCCAACAGAAAGGAAAACCUGGUUUCCUGAUAUUGAACCAUUGUUCAAACUUCUUAGUUACGAAAAUGUACCCCCUUAUCUUAAGGGUGCUCUAAGGAAUGCAAUAGCCACAUUUAUUAAGGUCUCUCCAGUGCUGAAGGAUAGCAUCUGGACCUAUCUUGAGCAAUAUGAUCUGCCAGUGGUUGUUGGGCUUGAUAUCCCAAACAGUCCACAAUCUAUGGGUACUCAGGUUUAUGAUAUGCAAUUUGAACUGAACGAGAUUGAAGCAAGGAGAGAACAAUAUCCUUCAACUAUAUCUUUCCUUAAUUUGAUAAAUGCUCUAAUUGCAGAAGAAAGAGAUUUGUCUGAUAGAGGGCGAAGAUUUAUUGGAAUAUUUAGGUUCAUCUAUGAUCAUGUUUUUGGGCCAUUUCCUCAGAGAGCCUAUGCGGAUCCCUGUGAAAAAUGGCAGUUAGUUGGUGCAUGCCUUAAACAUUUUCACAUGGUAUUAAGCAUGUACGACAUCAAGGAUGAGGACUACGAGGGUGUAGUUGAUCAGUCACGACUUUCAGCAACUAAAGAAUCAUCACCACUUCAGACACAGCUCCCAGUUUUAGAGUUGCUGAAAGAUUUCAUGAGUGGAAAGACUGCCUUCCGGAACAUAAUGAGUAUUCUUCUGCCAGGGGUGAAUUCUGUUAUUGCUGAACGCAGUAGUCAAUUAUAUGGGCAACUUUUAGAGAAUGCAGUGCAGCUUUCUCUGGAAAUUAUAAUCCUUGUCCUUGACAAAGAUUUACUUCUUUCUGAUUAUUGGCGUCCUCUAUACCAGCCAUUAGAUAUUAUACUCUCCCAUGAUCAUAAUCAAAUAGUGGCCCUCUUGGAGUAUGUCAGAUAUGAUUUUCAGCCAAAAGUUCAGCAAUCCUCCAUCAAAAUCAUGAGUAUUUUAAGCUCUCGCAUGGUUGGGCUUGUUCAACUAUUGCUAAAAUCUAAUGCAUCAAACAGCUUGAUAGAAGAUUAUGCAGCCUGCCUUGAGUUACGGUCAGAAGAGCUUCAGAAUCUUGAAAAUAACAAUGAUGAUCCAGGCAUUCUUAUUAUGCAACUUCUAAUUGACAAUAUCAGCCGGCCAGCCCCUAAUAUCACUCAUUUACUGCUUAAAUUUGAUCUAGACACACCUAUUGAGCGGACAGUUUUACAGCCUAAAUUUUAUUACAGUUGCAUGAAGGUUAUUCUUGAUAUCCUGGAAAAGCUUUUGAAGCCUGGUGUAAAUGCAUUACUUCAUGAAUUUGGUUUUCAGCUGCUUUAUGAAUUGUGUGUAGAUCCACUAACAAGUGGACCAACAAUGGAUCUGUUGUCAAAUAAAAAGUACCUAUUCUUUGUUAAGCACCUUGAUACAAUUGGUAUUGCCCCACUUCCUAAACGAAAUAGCAACCAGUCACUUCGUAACAGUUCCCUUCAUCAGAGAGCAUGGCUUUUGAAACUUUUAGCGGUUGAACUACAUGCUGGUGAUGUUAGGAGCUCCAAUCAUAGAGAAGCAUGUCAGACAAUCCUUUCUUAUCUUUUUGCCCAUGGUCUUAAUGACAUUGGUGGGGGCCAGGCCAUGCCUCCAUUUUUGCUUCAUGAUACUUCUGAAAAUGCUGCUAUAAGAACUGUCAGCAAGAGUAAGGUAUUAGAAUUGCUUGAAAUCAUUCAGUUUAGAUGUCCAGAUUCCACUACUCAGCUCUCAAAUAUUGUGGCUGGUAUGAAAUAUGACUUGCCGGCAGAAGACAUACUUGGAAAUCCGGGAAAUUCCGGAAAGGGUGGUGUGUACUAUUAUUCCGAGAGAGGUGAUCGGCUAAUUGACCUUGCUUCUUUCCAUGACAAACUUUGGCAGAAAUAUAAUUCAGCAUAUGCCCAGGCAAGUAACCUUGGCAGUGAAGUUGAACUUAAUAAUGUUCGUGAGACAAUUCAACAGUUGCUGAGAUGGGGUUGGAAAUACAAUAAAAAUCUUGAGGAACAAGCUGCACAACUUCAUAUGUUGACUGCUUGGUCUCAGAUUGUUGAGGUGUCUGCUUCUAGAAGAUUAACAAUGCUUGAAGAUCGAUCUGAAAUUCUUUUUCAGGUCCUUGAUGUGUCUCUUAGUGCAUCUGCUUCUCCUGACUGUUCAUUGAGGAUGGCAUUCAUACUAUCACAGGUAGCAUUGACAUGCAUGGCUAAGCUGCGAGAUGAAAGAUUUUUGUUCCCUGGCAGUCUGAGUUCUGAUAACAUCACAUGCCUUGAUCUCAUUGUGGUGAAGCAAUUAUCAAAUGGUGCUUGUCUGACCAUAUUGUUUAAGCUUAUCAUGGCAAUUCUUAGAAAUGAAUCUUCAGAAGCUCUUAGGAGACGUCAAUAUGCUCUACUUCUUAGCUAUUUCCAGUAUUGCCAAAAUGUGGUUGAUCCUGAUGUUCCAACCACCGUUCUUCAAUUCUUGCUGCUCAGUGAACAAGAUAAUGAAUAUAUUGAUCUCCCAAAGAUUGACAAAGAACAAGCAGAACUGGCUCGUGCAAACUUUUCAACUUUGAGGAAAGAAGCUCAGAGCAUUUUGAAUCUGGUCGUAAAAGAUGCAACCCAUGGUAGUGAACCUGGAAAGACAAUAUCACUUUAUGUUCUUGAUGCAUUGAUUAAUAUAGAUCAUGAGCGCUUUUUCUUGAGCCAACUUCAAAGCAGGGGUUUUUUAAGGUCUUGCUUUACAGCCAUAAGCAAUGUUUGCAAUCAGGAUGGUAGUCUUUCACUGGACUCAUUGCAGAGGGCAUGCACUUUUGAGGCUGAACUUGCUUUACUACUAAGAAUCAGUCACAAGUAUGGAAAAUCCGGAGCACAGAUUUUAUUUUCCAUGGGCAUAUUGGAGCAUCUUGCAUCUGGCAGAGCAAUCAAUUUACAGGGAAGUUUAAGGUGGGUUGAGACAAGACUUAGAAGAGAUAUGGCUGUGGAUGUUGAUAGACAACGGAUGAUUAUUACUCCAGUCUUGAGAUUAGUGUUUUCACUAACUUCCUUGGUUGAUACAUCUGACUUUUUGGAGGUUAAGAAUAAAAUUGUCCGUGAAGUAAUCGAUUUUAUCAAAGGGCAUCAAUCACUGUUUGAUCAAGUUCUCCGUUUAGACAUUGCCGAGGCAGAUGAACUAAGAACAGAGCAGGUCAAUUUAGUUGUUGGUAUUCUUAGCAAGGUUUGGCCAUAUGAAGAGAGCAAUGAGUACGGUUUUGUUCAAGGGCUUUUUGGUCUGAUGCAUGCUCUUUUCUCACGUGAUUCAAAGAUUCCUAGUUUUGCUCAAUCAAGAGUAUCACCUGAGAAUCAGAGGAAUUCAGAACUACAGAUGUUUAAUUUGUGCUACAGCCUGAGCUCUUACUUGUAUUUUCUAGUCACAAAGAAAUCCCUGAGAUUACAGCCUUCAGAUGCCUGUUCCAGUUACGCUGCUUCUGUUGAACUUCAACAACCCACAUUGAGCUUGCUUAAUUCUCUUCUUUUUUCUGUCACAACUGCUUUUGAAAGGGCAGCUGAGGAGAAAUCCUUGUUACUGAAUAAGAUUCGAGACAUAAAUGAACUGUCAAGGCAGGAAGUUGAUGAAAUCAUCAAUAUGUGUGUCCGGCAAGACUCUGUUUCAUCUUCAGAUAACAUACAUAAAAGGAGGUACAUUGCAAUGGUAGAAAUGUGUCGAGUUGUUGCUAGUAGGGAUCAGCUAAUCAUUUUAUUACUGCCACUCUCUGAACAUGUGCUAAAUAUCAUCCUUAUCCAUCUUCAAGAGAGCUCUGUUGCACUCGAUUCUACCUUGAGUACAAAAACAAUUGCAUAUGGUGCCAAAUAUGAUGCACAACAGGACGUUGCUAUGUUAUAUGGAAAGUUAGUUCCAACCCUUGAGCGACUUGAGUUGCUGAGUGAGGAGAAAGUAGGGCACAAUCUCAAAGUAUUCCGCAGAUUAGCAACUUCUGCCAAAGAUCUUGCAAUUCAAAAAUUGAUUGUGUAGAUUAUUAAGUGGCUUCCCAAAUUCAAUUACUCCACUUAAAUUAACUGAUUGUGCGCUGUAAAUUAUGUAAAGUUCUAAUUAUAGUCUUGGAAUUGAGUUCAACCUGUAAGAAAUUAACUUCACCCUUUAUGUAGUGCAGAUGCAAGUCAACUGUGCCCUUUUAAUGUUAUAUCUGUAGUUGCAUGAAAGUUAUUCUUGAUAUC